ACCCGCCUUUACUUGUUCUGGGAACCACUUCCUGCCUAAGUGCUGCAUCCCAGGGAAGAAAAGGGCUCGUGUCUCUGCACUUCAGACAGGGCCUGCCUGGCACUGCGGGGUCACCCAGGUCAGAGGCCCUGUGUGAGACCCUCACAGCUCCUGCAUGGGCCCCUCUCUCUGGCAGACCUAGCUCUGGGAUGCCCGAGAGGGAGAGAGCCGUGAGGGCCUGCACUGCUGCAGCCCUGUCCUAACAGGCCCACUCCCGGCUCACUCCUGGCCAGACCCUCGGCCUCGCUCAGAUGCACGUGAGUCAUUCCUCACAGGACAACUCUGUCACCCACAUCCCUGCUCCAGGCACCCUCCCCGACACCCAUCAGGGGCCAGCAUGCACAAGUCGCACUCUCAUUCACCUCGUCCCCAGAGGUCAGCGCCAAGGAGGAGGGCAGGGGCCAUGCAGCGCGGAGGACAGCAGCCCACCUCAGCACACAGAAGCUGCACUGCCCUCAAACCUUCCUCCCCCCCCCAGCUGUCAGGCAGGAGGGAGUGUGGGUGGCCGGACAUCCUCAUUCACAGCUAUCACUAAGAGCCAGGGCUGCAGCUGCCAGAAAGGGUCAUGUGACUCCUGAAGGCCCCAAGGGCAGAGGGAACCCAGAGCCAGCAGCGUGCACAGGGGCCAGCUACGGGAGCCAGCCCAGCCGAGCUGGGCAGAGCAGGCCCGGAGCCCUGCACAAGGCCCCAGAGAGAGCGUGCCCAGCGUCCUGGCAGGAUGAAGGCGCUCGCUGCUGUCCUGUUUGCCUGGCUGCUCUGCACGUGGCCAGGGCAAGGGGUGACGCAGGAGGAAGACGAGGACACGGACGCUGGGCCAGAGGGCUAUGACGACGAUGACGAGGAGGAGGAGGAGGAGGAGGCCAAUUCCAUCCCGGGCACAGAGCGGCUGCACUGCUAUGCCUGCCAGUCCCUGCACCGGGAGGAGCGCUGCAACCAGACACAGAGGUGCCUCCGCAGGCAGGCCUUCUGCACCACCCUGGUGGCCUACAGCAGCACCGGGUCAGGGCUUCUGACCACCUACUCCACGUGGUGCGCAGACACGUGCCAGCCAGUCACCAGGACUAUAGAAGAGACCCAAGUGACCACAGCCUGCUGCCAGUCCACCCUGUGCAACGUCCCUCCCUGGCAGAGCUCCCAGGCCCAGGCCCCGUCAGGCGGUGGAGCAGGCAGCCCCCAGGGCAGCGGGACAGGGGACACUCGGGAUGGUGAGGCAGGGGGCAAGAGGGGUGGUGGGGCAGGGGGGACCCGGGACAGCAGUGUGGGGGGAUUGAAGCAGGGGGAACCAGGGACAGCGAGCCUGGUGCACUCUGGCUGGCCGGGACUCUGGCUGGCCGCUCCCCGAUGUGCCCCACCAGCUCCGGAGAAUAAACUGGGCGUCCUACUGCCCUUGCGGCGCCCGCUCGUGGCCCUGGUCUGUUCUGACUCCCCGUCCACACCCUGCGUUCCUCUGUCCGUGGGCCCUCACGUGGGCCUGCACCCCGUGGCCCAGGACAACCCCCUCCUCAGACCGGCCUGCUAA